AUGGCCUGUUCAGGUGGCAGAGGAGCAGCAGGAAACCUCGCCCGGACAGAGGGAGGGCCAGAACACGUGGUGCUGAACAGAGUAGGAGGCAAAGGGGUAGGCUUGCUGGGCUCGGUAGCAGGAGUCACCAGUGACUUUAGUCUGGACGGAGGGGACCCGUCGAGUGAAAACGAGGCUGUGAUCUGUGGAGAAGGACAGGUCGCAUCGUCUGAUGGGACUACGUGUGUGGCAUGCGCCACGGGUACGUACGCAUUAGAGGACAGUUGUGUGGAUUGUGCUCGAGGCACAUAUUCAGACAGAGAGGGUGCUACUGAAUGCACCCCUUGUGGCACAGGACUCAGCACUAUUAACACUGCUUCCACCUCUGCCUCACUUUGCAUCGUGAUAUGCACGGUGCCGACAGUGUUUGCCGGUACACCCAGCCCGCAAUCCGGUACGUUUGUAGCGCAGAACGGGGCAGUGGUUGUUAACUGUAACACAGGUUACUCUUCCAACAACCAGAACAUUGUCAGCUACGAGUGUGAGAAGAUCGUCUCAUGUUCAAAGGUGGAGGCGACAACUCAGUACACUCAAAUAGUGAAGGGAUACGACGCAACGAUCACAUGUGAAGUUUCUUCAGAGUACACACCAAGUAACUGUGUCUGGAACAAAGACGGCAAUGUAGUGGUGUCUGGUGGUACAUUCACCAGCAGCAACAACGUCCACACAUGCACCUACAGUCUUGCGAGUUUCAGUACAUCUAACGAAGGAGUGUACACGUGCAGCGCGUCCAUCAACAGUGUAACUACCCCCUCCACAUCCAUCUCUCUCUUUCUACUAGAAUCUGUGUUCAACACCAGUCCUGUGUAUGUGAUAGGAGGAAGUCAGAUCAUACUGACGUGUGGAGCUGACGCUCCUUCUCAACUCAACUACCUUCCUACUAUUGCUUGGGCUGAUGACGAAGGAAACACUGGAUACAGCGAGUUUGUAACUUACAGUACUUCUAACAACAUCCGGUACAGUUACCUGACCCUGACCCCCACUGCUCUGGUGGACUCCUACAUUUGUACAGUAUCCUACAGCGACUUUUCUGAUAACCUUCUAGUCAGCUCCGUUUCUGUGUCCACUAUCACGAUGUACGAUGCACCGGAAUCAAAAACAAUCGUGACGGGGAGGUCAGUAACCCUGACCUGUGUAGCAUCCUCAGCUCAACAGGCCACCAUCACUUGGAGCACCACCCUGGACUCUGAUAUCUCUGGAGCCGCCGUUUCCUUCAACUCUGUUAGUAAACACACAACCUCUACACUGACUAUCGGAUCUGUUAAUUCUGAUACACCUUACACGUGCACUGCACUGUAUAACGGGGUAAAGGUCACCGGAGUUGCUUCCAUUACUGUCCAAUGCGACCCAACAGGCACUUCCAAGUUUAUCCAAAUGACAGUACAGACAAGCUCUGAAGGAGGGUUCUACUGCAAAGCAACUUACGCUGAUAACACUGUUAUCAGUAGCGCUAAUGCUUACCUUCUUGUUUACGGCAUCAAAACAAGUCCGGGCACAGUGGUAGGAGUUUUGGACAAUGAGGCCACUCUGACCUGUGUCAUCAGUGGUCCGGUGCCAAGCACUGUUCAGUGGUAUCACGAGUCUUCAGAGGUAUCAGACUCUUCCAAGCACACCAAGCGUGUGGAGAUUGUCGAGGCUUUAGAUUCGCUGAUGGUUGUUGGACAAAGUUUUGUCGGUGGAACCACGACGCUCACCUGUAAGAUCUACGCUGGGGAGCAGCCUAACUUGGUUAACUUCUUAAGAGAGAAAGACCUGGUGAACGUGGUGUCUACUGACACAUUUGAUCUGGAAUCAGGUCUCACCACCAGCACUCUGGUGCUAGAGAAUCUCCAGGAGUCGGACUUCACACUGUACUCGUCGUUCAUCACUCUACCGGAGACGACAACCCAAGUUAACGCUAACACCGAAGUAAAAGUAACCUGCAGUAUCAACUACUCUAACUCGCCGCCUACCAUAGUUUGGUACAAGGGCGCUGAUCUCGCAACUCAGAGUGCCACCCAGAGUAACGACGAUGACAAUCUAGUAUCAACGAGUACGUUAGUGUUCAGCUCAGUAGUGUUUGCUGACGAGGGCCAGUACAAGUGCCAGGCCACAUACUCUGGACUUACUGGAAACCUCCAAUCUACCGAAUUCGAACUUUUUGUCAGAGGAGUAUUCACCAAUCCGAGGGAUCUGAACGCGGUAAAGGACAAUGAUGCUAAGUUGACUUGUGUUUAUAAAAACGAAGUUCAGACAGCCGUCACGUGGUACAAGAACAACGUUGCAUUGACAGCUGGAGGCUCCACCGUGAACGAGAACCAAAACACCCUGACCUUCUCCAACUUUCUGACAACCAGUGUGCUCUCCCUGUCCCAAGUAACCGCUAGUGAUGAUCAGGCCCAACUGUUUUGCAGAGCUACACUGGGAGGGGUCACUGUGGAUUCUAGUACUGUUACCAUGACUGUUUACCAGCCUACCGCCUUACCCUCUAUUUCCGUGGAGCUGGGAUCUUCAAUCUCUCUGGCUGGUUCAGCUCCUGUUUCCACUGGGGAGACAAUCACUAUCAACUGGUUCAAGUCCUUCACUCAGGUAACCGACAACAUAGUUACAACCACUGUAGGAAACCUCUACCAGUCCACCAUGACUGUGCCUGUAAUAGCGUUCGGAGAUGCGGGUAACUACUUCUACGAAGUAACCUACGGGGCUAGUGACAACUUCCUGGGUGGAUCUUUGGAGACAGAGUACACUCAGGUUACUGUGUAUGGAUUCUCUGUCAACCCCGUGUCUACUCUGGGAAUUGUGGAUAAGAGCAUGACACUGACCUGUGUCGCUAGAGCAGAUUCUCAGCCAUCCUCCCUGAGUUGGUUGAAGGAUGACCAGCUUUAUACUACCAGUGUUACCAGUCCGUCUUACGAUAGUGAAACGAAGAAGACGACAUCAACAGCGGUGUUCUCCAGUGUCCAAGUAAACGACGCUGGGAGCUACAAAUGUAGAGCAAUCUGGAGUGAUGUCGAGACUUAUUACUCAACUGUCUCCACUAUCACCACCUCCAGUCUGGGCUUGAUUCAGCACCCUGCUGAUGUUUACGUGACAGCCGCAGGAACAGUGACAUUCACCUGCAAAACCUCGACCAGCAGCCAACUGAGCCAAAUCUCGUGGAUCACGGAGAAGAUACCCCUAUCAAGCAACAGUCCCGUCACCACUACAGCAUCUGUUGGCUCCGGUGGUGAGGACCGCACCCACACCUUCACCUACACUUCUACUUCCUCUGUGGAGAACCUGCAGGUCUACUGUCAAAUAGACUAUCAGACUGGGGAGUCCUUCACCAGUGACAAGGCUGAUCUCUUCUAUCGAGGAUUCAUGACGGAACCCGAGGCUGUAGCAGUAAGGACAGGAGAGGGACUGACUUUGACCUGUGUGGUGUCCGGUGAUGAACCUGACUCCAUCACCUGGUUCAAGGACGAUGCUUUGGUGGUUUCUGCUUCUGCUGUAUUUGAGAUUCAAUCAAAUUAUGAUCCAUUAACUUUCACAAAGCAAUCUCUGCUGGUAGUGGAGUACGUGACUAGCUUCUCUAAAGGCAGCUAUGUGUGUAAAGCCAAGUUCUCUGAUAACUCAGAAAAAGAAACAGACCCUGUUCUCGUCCAACCUAUAGAGGUGUCCUUGUCGGAUAUCUACUACACAUCCAACGCAGCAACAGUAACUUUGACGUGCGUUUUGUCCUCUAAGCCCAGCACAAACUCUGCAACUUUUACUUACCUGGACUCUGGUGGUUCCUCUACAACUAUAGAAACGACCACGCUAUCAGAGAUCUCCAGCUCCGAGUACCAGGCCACUACCACCUACUCAGUCUCUCUGCUGACCGGGAAAACCUUCCUCUGUCAGGCUGACUUCUCCAGCAUUGGUGCUGGAGUCUUGAAGGCAGACGCUAAAUCUCCUAAUCUACUCCAGGUGCUGACACAGCCAGUGACGUCCAUCGGUUUCUCCGGAGAUGCUCUAACCCUGACCUGUGGAGCGAGCUACUACUCCUCCCUCCCCACCACCUUUACCUGGAUCAAUGCUGCUGGUACUACUUUCUCAGCUGGCACUACAAGUGGAAUCACAGUAACAAACACAAACGGAGCCAGUACCCUGACUAUAGGAUCUCUGUCCUACAAUACGGUUACCAACACACAGGACCAGUACCAGUGCAGUGUCGCGUACACCGGGGUCGGAACUCUCCAGUCUAACUUCGCUGAUGUUUACGUCAGAGAAAUCAUCAAUUACUCGACGGUUACCAACAAUGAGUUUGCUGGAGCUGCUUUCACCCUCUCCUGUAGCUACAUGUCUAACCAGGCUGUCACCGUUUCUUGGAAACAAGGAAACGACGUGAUAACCACGGGAACAACAACUCACCUUGGAAACGGGAAGAAUCUAGGAACUCUAGUGUUCGCCUCCCUGACAGUAGCAGAUGCCGGAGAUUACAAGUGUACUGCUACUGAGGACAGCAGAGAGGUGCUGUCUUCUGGGACUGUUACUCUCACUGUGCUAGCUCUCAAAUCUGAAAAGUGA